GGGACCUGAUGACAGAGGAUCAGGGAUCGGGGAUCGGCGGCUACGGUAGAAUUGUUCCACGUGGCCGAGUUUUCUAUUUUCCACAUAUUUCUCCCUUGUAUAUUUUUUUUUUGGGCGAAAAUCUGCAGGUCAAGAAGAAGAUGUGAUAAC